CUAAAAAUUAUCAUAAAUCUAUACUUACCCCCCUGAAUCCCCCUCUCGACCGGAGUCGUGCCACAUCUAACGGAUGUACUUUUUUGCUAAACAGAUAAGGAUCAAUAAUAACAAUUACUUUACCUUGCUUUACUUAAUUUUACAAAAUUAUAACUAACUUAACCCUCUCUUUUCCUAAACAAUCUGAAACCUGUGCCCAUUAUAUGAGGGGUAAAUCAGUCAUUCUAUAAGACUGGUUCAGUCAGGCCAAUUAGUCCACAGUUUCCAUGCAAAAUUUCAACCUUGCCUUAACAUCAAUCGCUUUCUUACUCAGGAAACUGAAUUUCUACAAGUUCAAUUUAUUCAUAGGAUACGCAACUACUUAGAAAUGACCAUGAAGUUUCUCCUUUGUUGUUAUUGAGAAAGACAUGUGAUUGCAUUACAGCCACUAUUUUACCACUUGACAACUACAGUAUAAUCACAUAAUUAGUUAGCUUUAAAUCAUCCCUUGACAAAUUUUCCAAGACUACAAAGUCACGAAUGAACUUUCCAAGUAAGCCAAUGUGGGUCUAGCUUGGAUGGCUAAGACACCUCUAAGUGCAUUGAGAGGUUGUGGGUUUGAACCACGCUUCCGUAACUAACAACUAACAGUUGAGACUCUAAAGAGUCGAUUACCAUCUUUGACAAAAAAGAACUUUCCAAGUAAAGUCCGAAAAUAUCUUCUAAAAUAGGCCGGCAAGACAAAAAAUGCAUUUCAGACCUUGCAUCUGUUUCCUUUCCUUGACUUCACUUGCAUAUCAAAUGGAUAAAAGAGGAUAUAAACUGAAUUACACUGAACAAAAACACUAGUUCAGAGAAUAAACAAGUUCUCAGGUCAUGGUACCUGUUUUAGUUUUAGUAUUGUUUACUUUCUCUUAUCUUCCUUCUGUUUACUCUGCUGACACAUCGAAAUAUCCUAAUUCCUCUUGUCCAUCCUUCUUCAACUGUGGAGACCUUGGGGACAUUAGAUUUCCUUUCACCCAACCGGCAAAUUCUACUUGUGGGCUGUUCAUGGUAAAUUGUAGCAACCAAAAGGUGCAACUAGAGAGAGGAGGAAAAUGGUAUAAAGUUGAUCUCAUCUCUGAGGCUGAUACAAUUUUUAUCAAUGACACAGAGCUUCAGAAUCGUCUGGACAAGCAAAAAUGUGAUUUUAUUGAUGGAUUCCCUCGUUCCAGGACUAGUUUCUCCUCAUUUCAAAUUUUUCCUAACAUUACUAUGUUGAAAUGCAAUCGUACUUCAAAUAUCACCUUUAGUAGAGGUUUAAGUCAUUACAUUGAUUGCAGUCAUUCGAGCAUCUAUUAUACUCCUCAAAAUAGGAGCUCUCCGCGCUCUCAUCCUGAUAACUGUCUGACUAUUCAGCUUCCAGGACAUAUUGUUGGAAAUCGUAAUAAUUUUUCCAUAGAGUUGACCUCAGAGUUUCAUGUUCGGGUAUUUGUAUCUAAUGAUUGUAGCAGUUGUCAUUUUCAAAGAGGUGGAGAAUGUCAAAUAGAAAGCAAUGGAGAUUUCCUCUGUGCAAAUGCAAUCGUGCCGACUGGUUGCAAGCUUAACAGCCAGGGAAAACUCCAGUGUGCCAAUGGAGGGAAGGGGAGCCAAAAGAUGGGGUGGAAGAAAAGACUAGGUGCAUGUGAAUUGAAGUAUUUACUCUAUUUUGCAGCUUUAGGACUCGGUGGACUAGCUGCCAUUUUUAUAAUUUUGUUGACUGCAAUUUUCACCUGUCGUCUAAAAUACCGUUCCCGAAACUAUCACCAAACAAAUAACUCUGGUUCCUCCUUAAAAUCAGACAUUGGAUUGGAGAAUAUCAACUUAAGAAUCCCCAUCUUUCCCUACAGUGAACUUGAAGAGGCUACGGAUAACUUCGCGUCUGAAAAGGAACUUGGAGAAGGAGGUUAUGGAACUGUAUACUAUGGAAAACUCCAAGAUGGUCGUGAGGUUGCAAUCAAACGCCUAUAUGAGCACAACUACAAAAGGGUUCAGCAAUUCCUGAAUGAAAUUGAAAUCCUAACACGCCUGCGACACAGAAAUCUUGUGUCUCUUUAUGGGUGUGCUCCACAGCGCAGUCGUGAACUCAUACUAAUCUAUGAAUACAUUCCCAAUGGCACUGUUGCUGAUCAUCUCCAUGGUGAUCGAUCUAAGUCUGCUUUACUUACCUGGCCUAAUCGGAUGAGGAUUGCGAUAGAAACAGCUAGUGCAUUGGCCUAUCUUCAUGCUUCUGAUAUAAUUCAUCGAGACGUCAAGACUGACAACAUUCUCCUAGAUAACAAUUUCUUCGUCAAAGUUGCAGAUUUCGGGCUAUCCAGACUUUUUCCAAAUGAUGCCACACAUAUCUCAACUGCUCCUCAGGGGACUCUUGGUUAUGUUGACCCUGAGUACUACCGCUGUUACCAACUAACUAACAAGAGUGAUGUAUACAGCUUCGGGGUUGUCCUUGUUGAGCUCAUUUCUUCAAUGCCUGCUGUUGAUAUAACAAGGCACAGGAAUGAGAUUAAUUUGGCUGAAUUAGCUGUAGACAAGAUCCAAAGAUGUGCAUUUGAUGAGUUGAUAGAUCCAUGUCUUGGAUACAGAUUAGACGAGGAAGUUAAAAGAAUGACAACUUCUGUUGCAGAGUUGGCUUUUCUAUGUCUACAACAGGAAAAGGAAAUGAGACCUCCUAUGGAUGGAAUUCUGGAGGAGCUAAAGAGAAUUGAAAAUAGAAAAUAUGAUUUGGAGAAUCUGGAGAAUGAACAUGAUCAUACCUAGUUAUUGGAAUUCACAGAAGCACUAAUGUACUAACAUUAUAGAUUGCAUCAAAAAUUGCAUUCCAGAAAAAUUCUACAACUGUCUCCAACAGAGUUUGUAACUGACAAGUGGGCUAGUCGUAUUUCUUCAGCUAUAUUUUCUGCACUGCUUUAACUUCCAAGGUGUUAAUUAGAGGUGUGCAAAAAUCGAAUCAAGCCGAAUAACCAAACCGAAUCGACAUUAUAAAAAAACUAACUCUUCAAUUUUGUUCGAUUUGAAAGUAAAAUCAAAAUUUCAGUUCAUUUUUUGUACAAACAAAACCAAACCGAAAAACCAACUUAACCAACUAGUUCGGUUUGGUCGGGUUUGAACUGAAUGCACACCUCUAGUGUUUAUUAAUUCUUCUGAUAUUUAUUAGUAGAUGUAAAUCAGAUUGACUGAGUUCUAAAUUUAUUUUGUUGUGGUUUACAUUA